UAAGCGGCAUAAAAGUACAAGUUUUGGUAAUGAUAUAAGCGAUGCAAAUGAGUGCGGAAAUGGAUUUGGAUACUAUCAAGAAUCGAUGAACAGAUUUGCCAGACAGGCAUACAGCUCCGUACUUAAAGACCAUAUUGCUCCUGGAACCCCUGCUCCAGAAGAGCUGCUUAACUUCAGACUGAACACAAAGAAGAGCAAUGGCACUAAAAGGCAGCAUGUGCCUACCAAGCGUCUGGAAGAGAGCAAGCAGCAGGAGGAGACUCUCUCUCCAAAGAAAAGAAAGAAGGAGGCUAGGCAACAGGUGGAUAAACAGCAGAAAACUGUCUCCCCAAAGAAAAAGGAAGCAAAGAAAAGUACACCAAAAGAGAAAAAUCCAACCCAAGCAAGUGUCUGCCAGGAUUCUAUGUUGGAAAUGUGCAAGAACAUGACCGGCUUGUUCCAGCAGUUUAAAGGUCAGACUCAAUCAGCACUCACUGUGACCCCUUUAAAAGACAAGACUCAAUUAGCAGAUCAGAUUCAAUCAGCAGAGAUUCCAAAAGCCAAGACUCCAUCAGCAGAUCAGAUUCAAUCAGAAGAGAUUCCAAAAACCAAGACUCAAUCAGCAGAUCAGAUUCAAUCAGAAGAGAUUCCAAAAACCAAGACUCAAUCAGCAGAUCAGAUUCAGUCAGAAGAGAUUCCAAAAACCAAGACUCAAUCGGCAGAUCAGAUUCAGUCAGAAGAGAUUCCAAAAACCAAGACUCAGUUAGCAGAUCAGAUUCAAUCAGAAGUGAAACCUAAAGACAAGACUCAAUCUGAAGAGAAUCAGAAAGUUCAGACUCGUCCAUCAGAGAACUGCACUGGAACCAUAACAACACCAUUGACGGACACCUGGGGUGCUUGUCAUCGAGCACUAAGCUUUGUUGAUGAGGUGUCAACUGAACAAAUGCCUGUUGCUUCUGCCAAUGUACUUUCAACAAUCAGAGGGCUGCUGAACCCAGAGUUCCUAGAUUUCAUGAGAAGGCUGAGUGACCAUAUGGAAUCAAGCACAUGCCCCCAUACAUGCAUGAAGGUCAUGAUGGAAAAAAAUGUUAGUGCUAACCCUGAUCAAAUGAACCACACAGUACAACAAGGGUUUUUGGCUCAGCUUGCAGAUUUGAACAGUAUUGAAGUUAGUAAAUUUUCUAAUAUUGCAGUUCAUGUUUUCCCAGUCAGACCCAGCUACAGUUGCCAUGAUGUUUGACCUAUAAUUUUGUGCUGCACAUUGGUUUUGAUUUUCAAUGGGAACAAAAUAUUAUAAAAUACAAAUGGUUUAGCCUUAGGUAAUAAAGUGUUUUCUUUUUUUCUGGUAACCUGACCAUCCUUAAAUUUUUAAGCAUAAAAAAAUAGGAGUGCCCUACAAUAAACAAAGUUUCAGUGUCACUGUUAGUGGGCCAAAAUUUUCAUACAUUUAAU